UUUCAACAUUGCCCCCUCUGUUUUUUUUAUCUUUUUGGUGAAUUCACUAGUGUUUAUAAGACUGGAUAACCACCAUUUUUAACAUGGAGAAGCUCAAAAAAUCCUUCAAAUCUCCCCAAUCCAGCCCCCAAAAAGAAGAAGAACUCCAAAAUCUGCUUCUUCAUCGAAAGCCCAUCACUAUGGAUGACAGUAACAGUAGUGCUAACUCUACCACCUUCGCUGUCACCGCCGCUGGCACCGCUAUGACUUCAUCGUCCUCCAUCUCCUCCUCUCCUUCCCCUCCUAAAGACGUUAUCCUUAAAAUCAACGGCCAAGAUUCCUCCGUGGAACCAACUAAAACCAGCGAAAAUACUAGUACUGCUACUAAUGCGGGUAGAAUGUGGAGGGACUCGAGUUACGAUUUCUCAAACGAUGCCGUUAUGAGAGCUGCCGCGAACAACAAGGAUUUCGAUUUCGUAACUGAGUCUCCGUUAUCUCGUAUAGCUGAGAGUCCGAGUAUCAACCACGGCCAGUUGACGCCGAAGGAAGUCCGCGUUUCGUUCAACGACAACACGUCUGAGACGGCAGCGGGUCGGGGCUCAAACCGCAAGUCCAACGCCGAACCGGAGGAGGUACUAGUAUGCAGCUCCAACUCAUCUUUCCGGAGAAAAUCAAAUUUGCUCAGAAUGAAAACCAAGUCCCGAUUACUCGACCCGCCGGAGAACAAUCAAAAAUCUCAGAAUCAGAGAAUCACAAAAUCUCAGGUUUUAGGGAAAGGAAGUGAAAUCGAUGAAGACGACCCGUUUCUAGAUGCAGAUUUGCCGGAGGAUUACAGAAAAAUGAAGUUCAGUGCACUUUCGAUUCUUCAAUUGGUGAGCUUGAUUCUGAUUAUUGCGGCCUUAGUUUGUAGUUUAACUAUUAAUCCGUUGAAGAAGAAGGCUAUUUUCAAAUUGGAAUUAUGGAAAUGGGAAUUGAUGGUUUUGGUUUUGAUUUCUGGGAGAUUGGUUUCUGGAUGGGGGAUUAGGAUUGUUGUGUUCUUCUUUGAGAGGAACUUUUUGUUGCGAAAACGGGUAUUGUAUUUCGUUUACGGCUUGAGAAAUCCAGUGCAGAAUUGUAUAUGGUUGGCUCUUGUUUUGAUUGCUUGGCAAAGCAUUUUCGAUAAGAGGGUUGAGAGAAUUACGAAUGGGAAUGUUUUGCCUUAUGUGACUAAGAUUUGGGUGUGUCUCUUGGUUGGGACAUUGAUUUGGCUGUUCAAGACCUUGCUAGUUAAGGUUUUAGCGUCCUCGUUUCAUGUCAGCACAUUUUUUGAUCGGAUUCAAGAAUCUUUGUUUAACCAGUAUGUCAUUGAAACACUGUCUGGUCCACCAUUGAUUGAGAUUCAGCAAGAGCAAGAAGAGGAGGAGAAGGUGAUAGCCGAGGUUCAGAAGCUUCAGAAUGCUGGGGUGAAUAUCCCAGCUGACCUCAAGGCAAAUGUGUUUCCGAAGAGUGGGAGAGUGUCUGGGACGCCCCGGAAGAGUCCCAUGGCUAUGGGUGCAAAGAGUCCCGUGUUUUCUCGGAUCAUGUCGAAGAAGGAAGAGGAAGCUGUUAUUACGAUUGAUCAUUUGCAUAGGCUGAAUCAGAAGAAUAUUUCAGCUUGGAAUAUGAAGAGGUUGAUUAAUAUUGUUCGGCAAGGCGCGCUUUCUACACUGGAUGAGAAAUUACAGGGCUCAACUGAUGCGGAUGAGUCGGCGGUGGAGAUCACUAGUGAAAAAGAGGCAAAAGCUGCAGCCAGGAAGAUCUUCAACAAUGUUGCCCAGCCUGGAUCGAAGUUCAUUUACCAGAAGGAUUUGAUGCGCUUUAUGAGAGAGGACGAGGCUUUGAAGGCAAUGCGUCUCUUUGAAGGAGCAAACGAAAACAAGGGGAUAAGCAAACGAGCUCUUAAAAAUUGGGUGGUCAAUGCAUUUAGAGAAAGGCGAGCCCUAGCUUUGUCUUUGAACGACACGAAAACUGCUGUCAACAAACUGCACCAAAUACUGAAUGUCCUUGUGGGAAUAGUCAUAGUCAUCAUCUGGCUCCUUGUACUUAGAGUUGCAACCACACAUUUCUUUAUCUUCUUAAGCUCUCAGAUUCUUUUGGUCGUGUUCAUGUUCGGGAACACAUGUAAGACAACGUUUGAGGCUAUUAUCUUCUUAUUUGUGAUGCACCCGUUUGAUGUGGGUGAUCGUGUUGAAAUUGAUGGAGUUCAGAUGGUAGUCGAAGAGAUGAACAUAUUGACUACGGUUUUUCUGAGGUUCGAUAACCAAAAGAUUUUUUAUCCAAACAGUGUCUUAUCCACUAAGUUCAUCGGUAAUUACUAUCGCAGUCCAGAUAUGGGCGAUGCAAUUGAUUUUGUCAUCCACGUUUCAACUCCAGGGGAAAAGAUUGCACUGAUGAAGGAGAGAAUAACAAGAUAUAUUGAAACUAGGAGUGAUCACUGGUAUCCGGCACCACUGAUAGUCAUAAGAGACGUGGAGGACAUGAACAGGCUGAAAUGGUCGGUGUGGCCUAAUCACACCAUAAAUCAUCAGGAUAUGGGUGAGAGGUGGUUAAGAAGAGCCCUUCUGGUCGAGGAGAUGGUCAAAAUUUUCCGUGAGCUUGAUAUUGAAUACCGUUUGCUGCCUCAUGACGUGAAUAUACGUAACAUGCCACCUUUAACUUCGACCAGGCUUCCGUCUACUUGGACUACAUGUGCUCCUUGAUCUUGUAUGAAAGAUCUUGGUGUACUCUCCCGGUUGAUCUUUGGCCCUUGCUCUGGUCCUAUGGAGCGGGGGAUGAACAAAUUGGAACAUGUAAAACUCCAUGGAUCUAUCUUGAUUUGAACAAGAUGUUGAUCUUAUAUUUCAUUUUAGAUGCAUUGGAGAGUUCUAAACCGAUAAUAAGAUAGCAGAGUUUAAUGUAAAUACUAAAUAGUUGCUUAUAUUGCAUGAACUAAAUGUCAUCUUUCAUUAAAAAACUUUCGAAAGCUUCUUAAGUUGUCAUGGUGUAGUUGGCUUGUCGAAACAGAGUAUGAAGCGACGAGGGAUUUGCAUGUGCAAAUGUGUGCAUCUUGGAUGUCUAUGUUGAACGUGAAAAGACGAUGGUUUGGCAUGUGCAUGGAUUAUUUA